GGAGUACUUUCUCCGAAAGGAUACCGUAUCCGUCCUCCCGCCGCCGUGCUAGUUUCUCCUCGUUAUCUUCACUGCCUUCUGGCUUCAGUCCCUCAGCUUCUCCAGACACUGCAAUUCAUCAGCCCCCGGUCGGAAUCAUUCUUCUGCUGCUCAUCAGUGCCCUCAGCUUGAAGCGCUUGGUCCACCAAUGGCGUCAAUCAACUUCAAUCCUUUCGAGAGCUGGUUCUCAAAACCCCCGAACCCAGUCCCUCCCGUGAGCCUUCACUCCUUCGCUCAAUCCCUCUUCCCAAAAUCGCCGAGCCCACCAAAUUUCGCCUCCGUCAGCUCCAGUAUGUUCGGAAAGAACCCGAAGAAACCCGAAAAGGAACCCGACGAGCCCGGCCCUUACACCCAAAUGCUGGAACAGUUCUUCUGGGAAUGUGAGAACUUGCCCGAUUACAGGCACACCCCGGAGGUGGAGGAGAUCCUCAACGAAGAUCCCAUUUUCGUGAAAAAGGAGAAUCCCACCGAGGAGGAGGUUAAGGAGAACGAGCAAUGGUGGAAAGACUUCAGGUCAAGCCCGAUCGUGCAGUUCAUGGCCAGGUGCGAGGAAAUAAAUGAUAAGCUUAAUGAAAUGGAGCUCAAAGAGAAUGAGAAUCCCUAUAGGGAUGAGGACAAGAAGCUGUGGAAGGCAAUACCCCACGUUCCUGGGCUUGAUGGUCGGCCCAUGCCACGAAAAGCAAUAAAGACAAGGGAAGAGAGCGACGACAAAUUCUGGGAUUUUGCAAGGCAGUUUUUCUUUGGGCUGUGGGGGUUCCGGCAACGACCUUACCCGCCCGGGAGGCCCAUCGAUGUUGCUCAGGCCAUCGGUUACAAGCGGCUCGAGAAGCGGUACUAUGAUUUCAUCAUGAGGAGUGGUGGAUUCUACUAUAAGGACCGCCUGGGCCGUACACGUGGUCCCACGGAGUUGAUUCAACUAAAGACCGCAUGGGGUGCCGGUAUAAUCGACAAGGACACGUUCAUCUGGGGUGAGGACAUGGAUGAAUGGGCUCCCAUUCACAUGGUUUAUGGGCUUGAACCCGCAAUUGCAACAUGGGAAGUGAGACUUGGAGCUGCUGCAACAGCUUUCAUUCACAAGCUACAAAAGGGAAUACCUCCUUGGGUUCCUCUCAAGGGGCAGGAGAAGAAAACUUACAAGCAGCUCCAAGAGGAAGCUAUAGAGAGCAAGAGACGCGACCUUGCAGUUCUGAAAGCUAAUGAUGGGAUUUGGCCGGGAGUUCGAAUCCCGAGUCAUGCCCUGUUUCUCUGGGCCAGUGGCCCAGAAUUGACUCCAACUUUGGAAGCUGAUCACAUGCCAAACAAAUACAUCCCUAAAGAUUUAAGAAAGCAGUUGGCUAAAAUAAUCCCAGGAUUGAGGCCGUGGGAGGUUCUGAGCGUUGAACAGGCAAUGGAUCAGAUAACAUAUGGUGGAGAAUGGUACCGUGAGCCUCUUGGUUCUUACACGACAGGCCCUCCUUACAUCCGGCAUUGGAAUAAGGACGUUAAGAGGAUGUUUAGGAUUUUCUUCAAUCUCAGCACCCGGGUGUACAACAAGUUAGAGAGGACAAUUCCUGGUUUCGACAAGAUAAUGGAGCGAGUGAAUGCUGACGCAGCUGCAAGAGAAGCCAAGCGGAAGGAGAGGAGGGGAGCGCAGAAGAAAGCUGAGGAAGAGGUGGCCCUGUUGGGUCGAGUCGAAAAAUAAUAACCAUAUAAUUCAGAAAGGAGAAAUUGCUCUCUCUAUCCGUCCCCCUUGGAUAGUUUUGUGAUUGCGGUAAUGUAACAGAGGGGAAAUAAGUUGAUGUCAAACUUGUUCGGUUUGUUGAUAGAUUCUCAAGAGUUUUGCAGAGCAGCGUAUGUGUAGAGAUUUGACUGCUCAUCGUGUAGCUCCCUCUCUUUAGAUAAACAGAAGGAUGAACCGAGCAGUCUGCCUAUUUCAUCUUCCUCCUUUGAUGAACCUGUUUGUUUAAGAAGCCGAGGCUGACCUGUUUACUUA